AUGUCCGAGGACUCUCUAGGAGCAACAGAGCCGAGCACGACCUUACAAGGCCCCGCGCAUGCAAGCUUGAGCAUCACCCUGCACGGCAGCCAACCUGCGACUACCGAGGUAGCCGAUCUGCUCCCAACUGCAAAGGACAAAGACUUCAGUGCUGGCUUGUUGCGUGGAAUAAUCAAGGCUUCGGACAGCCUGGAUGCUAUGGCGUCCUCCGCAGGGCAGCCAUGGACCGGAGGUCUCACAGCCAAGCUUCAGGCGGUUAGCAAAUUGAUGGAAAAGCUGGCCACUGACCUGGAAAAGCAGGAUCUUACAACCGAGCAACGUGAUGCCGCCCUGGAGGAAGUCAAGGUUCACGGCAGAGACCCGAGGAACGCAGAUCCCAUAUUCACCAGGGAGGGCAUAACAACGCUGACACGGCAUGCCUUUGACGCUUCUGCCACGACCUCACACAACGCCCUGAGAUGUUUGGCCAACGCCAUGCUGAUCAAGCCUGAGGCCCGGCAAGUAUUUGUCGACCUGGGCUGUGAGACGAAGGCAUGCGCACAACUGAAGCGAGACACCUGGGACGAUGAGUUCCUCUGCUCGAGGGUGAUCUUUCUCACCACCUAUGGCACGAAUGUCGAUCUGGCGAAGUUGAUUGAUGACCACGGGCUCGCAGACACUAUCAUCGCGAAACUGGCCAACCAUGCAAAACUCGCCUCGAAUCCUGGAAAAGCACAGGCAGAUCCGAUGCAGGAUAUGGCACUCGCAGACACGCUGAAGUUGAUGUUCAACGUUUCGCAUUUCUGCAAGGCCAGGGUUGAAUCUUUUACGCCGGCUGUUCCUCACAUCCUCACAUUACUGACGAAACGGGAUAUCACGCCUUCACGGCCACUCGACGGCCCGUUCAGCGCUCUCGUGAACGCUCUGGUCAACCUGAAGCUGGAAAGCAGUGAAGCCCAGACGUCUUUGUACCGAGAAGGCGACCAUCGAGCAUCGGCAGUGGAAAGACUGAUACAUCUGCUUGAUCUCUCAAUGCAAGCAUACAAAGACACCGACCUCGAGCAGACUGUAACGCCCCUGGUCAGCGUUCUGCGAAGCAUACACGAGAGCGCGCCAGAAGAUGUGCAGAAGAUCAUCCGAAACAAAGUGCUCCCGGCUAAGGUCGACCGAGAAAUGGUCCUCGGGCGCGGAGAAUCGCUUCCUGCGAGGCUCCUGCGCAACUCGACCAACCCGCUGACACCACAGCUCCGAGACGCCAUCUCGCAUUUCCUGUUCGAGAUGUCCGACAAAGACGCCUCCAAGUUCGUCGAAAACGUAGGUUACGGCUUUGCGUCUGGCUUUUUGUUCCAGAACAACAUUCCCGUGCCGCAGAACGCUGUCGGAGCAGAUGGCGCGGGGCCUAGCGGGAGACCAGUGAACCCCAUCACGGGACAGUUCCUGGAUCAGGAAAGUGGCCCGGAUCUCCCAGAGAUGACCGAGGAGGAGAAGGAGAGGGAGGCCGAGAGGCUGUUCGUGUUGUUUGAGAGGCUCAAGAAGACUGGCAUCGUGGAUGUGCAGAAUCCGGUGGAACAGGCUUUUCGAGAGGGUCGGUUUCAGGAUAUCAAGGAUGAUGAGAGGGUGGAAGAAUUGGACUAA